UUUGUACCCAUAUACUAUUUGUCGUACAACAUGCUAUUUAUUUGACUCUUGCAUUGUUAUCAUCAAACAAGUUACAAAAGUUGCAAACCCUGUCAAAUCCACUCACCUUGAAACACCAUACACCCAUACACACCAUACACCCAUUCCUGAGAUAAACACCAUACACCCAUUCGUGAGAUGUCGGAACCAGACACACACAUGCGAACUCGAACUCCAACAAGGUUUUUCACAUCCUUCUUGGCUAUAGUUCUUCCAGUUUUUGUUGCGGCAGCUGUUCUCUACCGGCUCGACCCAUUCGAACCGGCUCAUAUACCUCUCAACGAAGUGAACCGAUCAAUGUUGAACGCUCCGUUAACUAAUAACCGCAUGCGAAUAGGAUCUGAUGACCUAGCAAAGGGACAAGUUGUUGGACCUGAAGACUUGGUGUACGAUACUGCUAUGGGUCUCGUUUAUACUGGAUGUGCAGAUGGGUGGGUUAAGCGAAUUACUGUGAAUGAAUCGGUGGUUGACUCAGUGGUUGAGAACUGGAUCAACACCGGUGGAAGACCACUUGGGCUGGCUUUGGAGAAAACCGGUGAGCUCAUUGUUGCCGACGCCGAUAUGGGAUUGCUACGAGUAACAAGAGAAAAGAAGAUUGAGUUGCUUGUGAAUGAGGUUGAGGGCUUAAAAUUCAAAUUAACAGAUGGUGUUGAUGUAGCACAUGAUGGCACUAUUUAUUUCACCGAUGCUUCACACAAAUACUCAGUCAAGGAUUCUCUCCUAGAUAUAUUUGAAGGAAAACCUAAUGGUAGGUUUUUGAGCUAUGAUCCAUCAACAAAAGAGACAACCCUACUACUUAGUGACCUCUAUUUUCCUAAUGGAGUUGUUGUCUCACCAGAUCAACAAUAUGUGGUUUUCUGCGAAACUGUCAUGAUGAAUUGCAAGAAAUAUUACAUACAAGGCCCAAAAAAAGGAAAAACAGAAAAGUUUUGUGACCUUCCUGGGAUGCCUGAUAAUAUUCAUUAUGAUGGACAUGGCAAAUAUUGGAUUGGAAUAGCCACGGCUAUUUCUCCUGAACUUGAUAUACUACUGAAAUAUCCUUUUAUUAGAAAAGUUUUGGCAAUCAUCACAAAACAAGUUCCAAGUUUGAGUUUCGCAAAGAACGGUGGAGUUAUAGCUAUGGACUUGGAAGGAAAACCAAUUACACACUAUUAUGAUUCCAGAUUGUCAUUAACCAGUGGGAUUAAGAUUAGAAAUCACAUAUAUUGUGGUUCUCUUUCAUAUCCUUUUAUCAUACGCCUUGAUGUUGACCAAUACCCUGCUAUCCCUACAAUUUAAAAAACUAGAACAUUUCUCAUAGGACUAUGAUGUACAAAUAAAUAUCAAGUGUUUGCAUAAGGUCAUGUGAGUUUCAUAAAUACAAAUGCUUGAUGAACUUUGGAAUUGGUCAAUUAUACUCAUUACAAUUGAGAUAUAAUUUCAGGAAGAGUAUAGCUCAUUUCGAGAAAAUGUUUCUUGAACCUGAGCCACGUCAAUUUGGCAAUUUGUAUUUAAAUCAUGUUGUAUGAGUUUCGAUUUGGCCUCGGCAUCACUGAUCUUGUCUUGAAGAUUUACAAAUCUAUUUUUGUUUCAAA